UUUUUGCGUUGCUUCGCCUCUCCGUGUGGCGGGACAGCAGCUCGGGCCCGAAGUCGGGUGCUCGGCCCCGCCUGCGCGGGGGGGCUGCUGCGAGUGCGCCCCGUCCGGGCGGGCAGAGCUGCGGGGAGUCCUCGUCCGUCCGGGCUCGGCGUGCGGGCCGAGCGGCGGGAAGGCGCCGGGGUGUGCUCAACUCUAGUCGCUGCGGCGGGAAGGAGGGCCCUGGGUGUCGAGGAUGGCGGCAGUGCGACCCGUGGGUGUACGGAGGGACACCUGCCUGUAGUCCGCGGUUCCUCAAUGGAGAAGGGGCUAAAAACUGCCUGUGCUACUAUGGAAGCAUGGAGACAAAGUAGUCAUCUAUUGAGGACCUCAAGGAACUAUUGGGCAAAGUGACGGAAAUGAAGAGUUCCAACCAGUGCUUCAACAUGGCAGCAGCUGAAUCUGACAAGGACUCUGGAUAUUCAGAUGGAAGUUCAGAGUGCCCAAGUGCUAUGGAGCAGACUGACUCGGAGGAUGUGCUGAAUGCGUUGUGUUGGAACACAGAGGACGGGUCUUGGCAAUGCCCAGUGAGCUCAAGCAACUCAUUUCCUGCACUUUCUCCUAUGGUUGUAAUGAAAAAUGUGUUAGUUAAGCAGGGGAGUUCAGGACAGCUCCAGUCUUGGACAGUGCAGCCGUCCUUUGAAGUGAUUCCAGCUCAGCCACAGCUAGUGUUUCUUCAUCCAUCAAUCCCACCUCACAUUAACCCUCAUCCUGUUGGGAAAAAGAGAAAUGACUCCACUGAUUACCUGCCCAUCCUGAAUUCUUAUCCCAAAAUAGCACCACAGCCCUGCAAAAGAGAUCACUCCUUCGAUCUAGAAGAACAUCAGGAAACCAGUUGCCAUAAACGACUCUGCACAGAAGCACUUAAGAUGGAGACUUCUCCCAUUUCAAAGAUCACAGGCUUGCCUACUAGUCCUUUUGCCCACCUACCAGUUAGCUUUAAGACCUCUCAAAAUUCUAACCAGCAAAGUUCUUCAGCUGCUGUGACAAGUGGAAAACGGUCAACUCUUGCUGGCUUUCAUCACGUUUCCAGUGAUGCUCAGAAGACACGGGGUUUGACUCCUCUUUUGCCUUUUGGAACUCUGCAGGCAGCAAAGUGCACCCCUCAUGAGAAUGAGAGUGCAGCACAGACUACAAUGCAGUCUACAGUGUGGAGCCCUCCACUGAUACCAGAUGAGAUUUGUACUACCCCAGAGCUGCUCUUGCAACAACAAAGCAAAUGCAGACGCUUUCAGAACACACUCGUUGUGCUACGCAGGUCAGGACUGCUGGAGAUCACUUUAAAAACCAAGGAGCUCAUUCAUCAGAACCAGGUGACUCAGGCUGAGCUGGACCGGCUGAAGCACCAAACACAACUUUUUAUAGAGGCAAUAAAGAACAAUGCUCCACAGUCAUGGGCAGAGCUAGAAGCAUCUCUAACAGGAAUUGAUAAAGCUGAUAGCAACCUUGAAGAUCCGUCUUAUCCCAAUAUACAGUAAAAAGGUACAUAGCUAUUCAUCAAGCUGUUUCUGUGCCUCCUAUUUUCUGUUUCAAGCUUUUACUUUUUCUGAGUCCAGGACUUCCAAAGUGGCAUACCCUUAACAGCCUGUCUUCAAAACUAGUUACAGAACUGGAAUAGUAUGGUAGGGUCUUGACAGAGUUGGUACAUGCUAUUUCAGUGUGACCUUGAACUCCAUGCUAACUCUCUGUAUUUCCUUGAUCUCAAGCUCUGAUGAAUGUGCUCUGCUGGCAUGUUGCCAUUCUUGUAGUGAAAAGACAGUCAUUUGCAGUAUUCUGCAAGUGAGCAUCUUCCUAUUCCCAUCUUCAGAUAGUCAGUUCUGAGAAUGAAGUAGCAGAGGAGGCCCCAGUGUUGGGCUACCAUCAGUUGCAAGUAAAUUAAGGUAGUUGUUGCAAGGAGUGGAAACUUCACCAAUGAAGUUUCUUAUUGUAGCAAUGUGUCUUGCUUUGGAGAUUUAACACAUGUGAGUUAGUGGAGAUUUGGUUGUUCUGAAGCAGUGUUCUGCACUCACUGCAGUCUUUGGUCAAAGCAAUGAGUGUCUUGGGACCCAAGUGGUACAUCACAUUUUGAGGAGUGUAUUUUUGAUCACGAGCUGUACAGCUGAAUGAGUGAAAAUCACAGGGCUUGCACUGGAAGUGUUUGUCCCAAAGCCAUACUUAUUAAUGACUAACAAGCAUACAAGGCAAGUGUCUUUGAAUUUUCUUUGUAGCUGGCAGAUUAAACUUUGUUUUUAAAGACUGUAGUGACUUAAAAAAAAGAAAGUAUGAAACUGUAUUAAUUCACCAAGAUUAAUUUGGCAAGACUAAUUGGUUAUUAUUUGAUAUGUGUAUUUUUAGUUUGAGUCUAAAUUCUUUUUUCCUGCUGUGAAGUCAGAUUGCUACGCUAUAAAAAAGAAGAGAUGUGAAAGGAAAAGAAGCAUAAUGAUCUGUAUUGAAACAAGUCCUCCUCCCAUCCCCUUUCCCUCCCUUGUAUUUAGAGAUAUCAGAUGAAUGUACCUGGAAAAGGCAGGUUGGGGUGAAGAAGGGAAGGGGAAAGAAAGAGAUGGCAUCUCUGACAAUCUUCUUGAAAAAACUUAUCUAUUCGACUUUGCACUUGAAACAAUAGCAACCCCAAAACAUUUUUCCUUCAUGUUUCAUUUAAACAUAAAUUCCUAGCCUGCUUGCUUUAACAUAUAGCUAACACCACUGUGUGCAUAAGAUAUCAGGCCUUACUAGUAGAGAUCCACGCUAUCAUGUAACCAAAAACUGCUCUACAGAUACUUAACUUCAUUUCACUUACCUAAACAAUUAUGUCACUUUUUCCCAUCUGGAGGGUGGUUUUUUUUUUUUCCCAGAACCAGACUGUAGAGAGCUGAGAAUGGCUUUGUCUAAGAACAUUAAGGAAUCUGGAUUGUUUCUGGUGUGUUAUUUUUUGCAUGAUGGUGUUUUGAAAAUUGGUGCAGUCUCGGUGACUGUGUAUUUUGAUGCUUUGAUUGUUUAUGUGCUUCAGGUUCUUCAAAAAAAUCCCCAUGAAACAAACUUGAAAGUAGAGUGGAUGUCUUGCUAAUUUGUGACUAGACCUUUUCAUUUUCUGAUGCUUCUGGGAAUCUAUUGCAGAAGACUCUAGAGAAUGCUUUUGUAAUCUUCCUCAAAUAUGUGCAUUAGAGAAAUUGUGAGUGGCUUCUUUCUUGUAAGGGGUUUCUCCCUUCUUACACUGAUGAAAAGAAAUUUCAAUGGAAUGCUGUACAUGCCUUACAAAGAGGGGAAGUGUGAGUCGUAUUUGUACUAUCUGUAGGCCUAGAGAGAAAUGUUGUUGCAGGAUUCACCCUAUUGGAAUUGUAGCAGACUAGAAACCAUUACUUCCAUCGUAUCCUGCCCAUCAGCUGAAGACUGGUGCAGUAUGUGGAAAUUGAUUAAAAGUGUCCAUAGGCUGUCUUGUGUUCUGUAUGUUUUUUUUUUCAGAUACACCUGCUAUAACUGUGCAUAUUGGAACGAUUCAUACCUCACGGUGCAGCAAUAUCAAAACUCAGCCAGCAAACCAAGAAGGCAGAAUAGCACAGUGUGAUAAUGUAGGGUGUGUCAGAUCUAGCUCUUCUGGAAUCAAUUGUGAUAUCUGCAUGGAGUGACAUUUGGCAGGAUAGAUGUGAUGGUACCUUAGGCCAAUUGUGAAAGAAUCCCAAAGGAGAAGCUUGUUUCUUCUGAGCUUCUUACAGGAAGGAGAGAAGACAGUAAAAGGCGGUUCCAUUGAUCAGAUAUUUGUAAGAGGCCUAGUGGUGAAAUGUGAGAAAAUGCAUAGAAUCUUUUCUACUUUUCCCAAAAUUACAUUUUACCUGUCAAACAGAAGAGAAUUUCAAGGUCAGAAAAUGUAUAUAUUUUUAGGAGGUGAUUGUGCUAGAAAACAAGAUUAUGGACUUUGGCUACCUAGAGAUGAGAAGAAGUCCUAGCUAUUUGAGAAAAGAACAUGAGUCUACUGGGUGACUUCAUCUCCAGUCUAUUUCCACUGCACUGGUAGAGUAAAAGGAAUGGAGAACUGACCUUGGAGGGUACUACCUUCUGUCUUGAGGAGAUUUUGUUUGACAGAAAUCUCUCACAGUCCAUGCAGUAACAUACAUAUUUUUUCCCCUGACAGCACUGAGAGUGGGCUAAAGUGGGUGUGCUUAUGGCUGAUGGCCUUUUGAGCUGGUGUAAUUUGUAUAAAUAAAUAAAUCUGUGAAUAAAGUCCAGCAGCAUCUUAGAAAUCUCCUACUGGGCAUCAGUCCAGGCUUAAGUAGUAUUUGUUGAACUAGAAAAUUCCACUGUGGAACUAUUAAUGUGUAAAUCUAGGACUCCUUAGACCAUAUGCCUAGAAAACUGCAAGUCUUGACACAACACCUAUAAAAAAGAUGCUGAAGGCUCCUAGUGGUAGAUGCUCCACCAAGUACCAUUCUGUUUAUUUUCUCAUAGUUACCUUUAAUCCUGAGAGCCUUGUUAACCCUUUAAACAACAAGGGCUUUGCUUUCAUGCUUUAAUAGAAUAGAUUAGCUUGAAACUGUUGACAAUAUUAGUUGAUGACAUCAGGAUCAGCCUCUCUGAAUGGAAACCUGCAAGCAGUGAACAUGCAGGUUUUGGUUUUGACCUUUGAAGCAGUAAGACUUUGUAUUAACAAGUUAGCUAAAACCAGCUGUCUCAGUCUAAAAAGUCAAUCAGAUGACCUGCUGGGGCAUCAGUUGCUGCUGGCAACUAGCAGGCAAGGUACCUUGAUGGGUCAGGCAGACUGCUCUUUUUGUAUUGAGUUUUAUGAAAUGUUGGUGUUUUUUAUUACUUUUACUAUGUAUUUUUGAAAUUCUAUUGCUGUAGUUGGAAUGUAAACAUUUUCUGUACUUUCAAAGUCCGUUACCAGCUCUGAAUUACAGUAGCCUAAGAACUGUUACAGAACAUCACCUUUUUUGCUAAAACUUUACAGAAUCAGACUGUGAAAUACAGAUUAAAUAAAGUAUAUACUUGAAAA